UGCCGAAAUGGCAGAGUGCCUCGUGUACCUCAUGGUUUCAGACAUGACCCCUUCACGACUAAAAACAUCCCUCAACAUUCUUACUCUCUGACCAACGGAAAACAUCGCUAAACUUUUCUCUUCCACGAACUUUCUCUCGAAAAACCCGACAGAAAUUCGGUCCGUAGAACAAGUGCGUCGUUGUUUGUGAAAAGUGAACACAAAAUUUCAUCAGUACUGAAUGAAAUCGGUGGUUUUGAGUAAACCGAAGAAAUUAUGAGAUAUUGAAUAUGAAUAUCUAGCUGAAUCUUGAGGAAAGUACUGCUGAUCGUCCACUCUUCAAAAAUAUCUAUAAAAAUGACAAUCCGUCAACAAUCGAACAUAUGCCCAAGAUAAUCAGGAACUCCUUCCAACCCCUUCUUCAUAAUGUGAUCCUAAGAAAUGGAAAUACCAAGGAUCUCUUCGCAAGCUUCCAUCUGUCCCCCAACUAUACAAGUGACGCCGUUCAAACCCAACAGGACAGGUACCUUCAGUCAACGCCUUCUGAACCAGCACAACAACUAUGAACCUACCUUCGCCAUCUUACCCACCACGCCAAACUACCAGCCCAGCAGGAAGAGGGAGGAGGCGGAGGCUCUGCAGAACCUGCGGAGGAAAUUCAGGGCCGUCAAGAUUCUGGAGGCCAACAGGCCGGAGCCGCCGGUACCCCCAUUCUCGAACAACAACCUUUCGCCGACCGACGUGGACAACAGGCCUAAUCUCCUACAAAAAAUUCUUCAUAACAGACCUAUGAGCAUGGUGUUAGACAUAUCAGAUCUGAGAACAGCUUGGCAAGACAGUGAUUUCAUAAGCGAAUGCCUCUGUUGGCAUAACGUUUACAGGCAAAGGCAUAAUUCUCCCACCCUAACAAUGUCAGCUCAGCUAUGCCAUCUGGCGCAAACUUGGGCAAAUCAUUUGGCUCAUACGAAUCGAUUUUACUACAGGAACGACAAGGAUAUAGGGCAAAACCUAUUUUGCAAGCUAUCGAACGGUGUGGACAGUACGGACAUUUCAGGCCAAGAAGUAGCGAAUUAUUGGUAUCGCGCAGUGAAACAGUACGACUAUGGGAAAGAACCAGACGUGUUACACACAAAUGUAAAUUCCGGCCACUUCACGCAGCUGGUUUGGGCCGGUUCCAGGAGGUUCGGCAUCGGAAAGGCGAGGUCCAGGACCGGUAAAGUUGUCGUGGUUGCCCAUUACCACCCUCCCGGCAACAUAUCCGGGCAUUACUUGCAGAACGUAUUCCCGCCCUGCAUGGAAUUUCCCAACAUAACCGGAAGCAGACUGUUACGCUCCAGAUUCAAGAUGACGAGCGACAGUACGGGGUCCCGUUCUACCACCAGCGACACGUCGGAAGUAUCUUGAGAUGGGGCGAAUUGAAAUGAUGUGCCGUCCAGAGCCGCGAAAUCACUGUUGUCUUUGAACAAUGGCUAAACGAUGGAACUUUAUUGUUUUUAGACGAUUUUCGGUUGUUAUACUCUACACUUCCAGUUUUAGAAUGAGAUUCGUCGAAAAAUAUCAACGAAUCCAUCUCGAAAUUCAUAGAUUUUCGUCUUAAUCAAGAAACAAAUGAAUUUAAAGAAUUGUUGUCACUGAACUUGAAGUUUUCGGAAAGUAACCAAACAUGUUGCUCAAUAUUACCCCGAAUCUUUUAUUCACAACGAGCGUUGAAAAAAAUUAUUCGUGAAAUUGGCGUAUGUUCUGUGCCUAAACGUACUGCUUGUAGCCUCUUUGGCUACUUGCUAGUGUUCUGUGCUAGACCAAAGAGUACCAUUAUCAGUGUUCUGUGAGCAUCAACCAUAGACCUA